GGAGGCGCCGUGAGCCGCGCAGCCCCUUCUGCUGGUCCCGCCAUGAGCGCCGCUGGGCCGCCGCUGGGCCGAGGCGGGGAAGGGACGGCGGCGGCGGAGGAGGGGGCGGCGGCGGGGGCGGCGGCGCUGCUGGGGGGCUGCGGGGCGCGAUGAGCCGGGCGGCGGGCGGCUGGGAGAUGGAGGCGCUGCGGGGCGAGGCCGGCGGCAGCAGCGGGCAGUGCCGCAAUUUCCUGGCGGCGCCCGUCUUCGGGGGGGCGUCCGCGGGGCGCCAGGCGGGCGCCGCGGGCUUCGGGUCAUACGAGCGCUCCUCGGGGGCGGCGGCGGGGGGUCCCGGGGCGCGCUGCUCGUCGUCGGAGGCGGCGCCGGGCAAGGACUGCUCCAGCGGGGUCCCCCCGACGGCCCCCUCGGCUUCCUCCAGCGCCGCCGCCGCCGCUGCCGCCGCCGCGCUGGGCUACCACCCGGGCUACCACCCCUUCGGGAACGGCUACUACAGCUGCCGCAUGGCGCACGGCGUGGGGCUCCAGCAGAACGCCGCCCUCAAGGCCUCCCCGCACGCCGCCUUCCCCGGCGAGAAGUACAUGGACGUGCCCUCCGGCGGCGGCGGCGGCGGCGACCCGGUCACCUCGCGGGCCAAGGAGGUCUCCUUCUACCAGGGCUACGCCGCCGCCGCUGCCGCCGCCGCCGGCCCUUACCACCAGCACGUGCCCGCCGGCUACCUGGACGUGGUGUCCACCUUCGGCUCGGCGGCGGCGGCGGCGGGGGAGCCCCGGCACGAGACCUACAUCUCCAUGGAGGGCUACCAGUCGUGGACUCUGGCUAACGGGUGGAACGGGCAGGUCUACUGCGCCAAAGACCAGGCCCAGGGCUCGCAUUUUUGGAAGUCCCCUUUCCCAGGGGACGUCGCGCUGAACCAACCGGACAUGUGCGUGUACCGUCGAGGGCGCAAGAAGCGAGUGCCUUACACCAAGUUGCAGCUGAAAGAACUGGAGAGCGAGUACGCCGUCAACAAGUUCAUCAACAAGGACAAGCGGAGGCGCAUCUCGGCGGCCACCAACCUCUCGGAGAGGCAGGUGACCAUUUGGUUCCAGAACCGAAGGGUCAAGGACAAGAAAAUCGUCUCCAAGCUGAAGGACACCGUUUCCUGAUAGGAGCCCCCCAAGAGGAGUGGGGCUGUUCCCCGCUCCCCCCAGAGGCGACCCACUAGCCAAAGACUUUUUGGAAGGCAAAUAAAAGGACUUGAAAUAUAUUUAAUAUUUCCCUCCCCCCUCCCCCACCCUCCUCAGGCAGGGUGAGGAUAUUUUGUGAAGCUGUUGUUGGGUGGUUGUUUUUAAAUGCAAGACUCGCCAUUUCGUCUGGGAUUCGUGGAAUGAUGCAGGUCUCGGUUUCCUUGGUUUUUCUUUCAUUGUAUUGGUGCGCCUUGCCUCUGUGUGUGCGUGCGUGCGUGCGUGUUGUGUGUGUGUUUGUGUGGAUGUCCUCCAGGCCCACGGGCUGUAAAGUAGUCAUAAAAAGUCUUACAAACUGUGCACCUUGUCUGGGACUCUCCAGGUGCUAAAAGCAGCCCCCCCCCACUUGUGCCCCCCGCCCUCGCCCUUACAAGCUCCCGAAUUGGCCAAGGGACCCGAAGGUGCCAAUUUCCUCGGAGGCAGCUUUGCAGCCAAAGCGCAGCCAAAUUCAAGCUUUCUGGCGUUCCGUGGGUCGGCUGCGGCGACUGGACUCUCGCACUGAAAUGUGAACGAGUUGGAAGGACCGGCGCUUCUUCCUGGGCCCAAAUGGAUCCCGCCAGAUCUCUCCCUGCCUCGUUGGCUACAGAAGUUAAGGCGCGCUGCUCCGAUUUAAACUACAUCCGCUUGAUUGAAACCCGGUACGAUCCGCUCCCGAUGUCGAUUCGGAGUGCUUCCUCCGCUUACCUCCCAUCCCUCGUUUUGAUCUUUUAAAAAGAGACUUUUUUUUUUCAGAGCAGCCUUUCAAAACCGGUUCUCCGCUUUGCGCGGCUCUGUUGUUGCCUAAACCGGUUUGUUUUGGAAGGAACCGUCUACUCUCUCUCGGGAUCUGGCCGAAACCAAAACACCGCGCAGUGUCCUCGGGAGGCAGGCCCUUCGUGUUCAGUGCGAUUUGCACCUGAGUCAAGAGCUUCAGCGACACGGCUGCUCCUCGCGUGGAAAUCGCCGGCUCCGUUUCGGCCAGAUCUUCUGGCGGGUGUCGGUUUCGCUCCGUUUUGCUCGCUGGCCCAGGGGAGGCCGGGCAGCAUCGCCCCGAGCCCGGGUGUGAGGAGGGAGGCCUUUGCCCCGAGGCGCCGGGACUCCUCCUCUCGCUCUAAGCAACCCAAAGGAACCGCAGUGGCCGGGAGUUCCAGCGGCUAAAGCCGACCGUGCCUACACGUUUAAGUUGUAUAAAGGUGUGUAUAAAUCGAUGUGUAUUUUUAUAUAAAUAUCGGAUGCCCUUUUCGUCCUCGUCUUCUUCUUUGUGUCUGCAGCACCAGCGCGAACUUUAUUAACCCUUCCCAACCUUGGAAAAAGUUCUGCUCCAAGACGUGCAAAGUUGUUGAUAGCUUUUUUUUAAAAAAAUGACGAAAUGAAACGGGUGUCAAUUAAAAGAAGCAAUAAAUGACGGGGAAACAAGAACCCUACCUUAACUGUC